AUGAAAAAUGCUUUAUUGAUAAUUUUUGUGCUAUUUUGCAUUAUAAAUGCAUAAUAAGAAGAACAAAAACUUAUGAAUAAAGAAAUCCUCAAAAAUAUAGCUUCCUAUGUCGGAAUAGAGUUACCUCAUGAGUAUAUUAAUAGGUUAUUUUAUUAGUUUACAUUUAUUCUGUUUACCUUGUAAAUUGAUGAUGAAAUAAGUUUAAAAAUUUUCAAAGAAUAUUUUAAUAUCUAUAAUAACAAAAGAAUAUGUAACUCUUUGUCCAAAGUUUAAAAAUCCUUUAAUUUGUGAAGGUAAGAAACAAAAAUAUCUUGAUUAAUUUGCAGUGCAAUUUAUUGAGUAUCAUAUUUAAUAAAUCUUAGUAAUUAUUUGAAAUCAUCAAAUGCUUGUUAAGUUUUAGGGGCUUGCAAAUUGGAACAUGAACCUUAAACUUUAAAAGAAUAUAUAAAUGAAAUUAUGGAAGAUAAAUUUACAAAAGAAUAAUAAUAAAGAUGGAAAGAAAAAUCUGAAGCAUUACUAAUAAAUAAUGAAAAUUAUAAAGUUGUAUAAUAUUCUGAUUUACAUGUUGAUAUGGAAUAUACUGUUGGAGCUGAUGCUUUUUGUGGUGCAUUUAAUUGUUGUAGAAUGGAGAAUGGAAUACCUAAAGAUUCAAGUAAGGGUGCUUAAUAUUGGGGUACAUUAGCUAGUUGUGAUUUACCUUUUAGAACAGUCUAAAAUUUAAUAGAAUUCACAAAAGAUAAAAUAAAACCUGAUUUUAUUAUUUGGACAGGAGAUAAUGUAGCUUAAUAUAGAUGGAAUCAAUAGAAAAAUCAAACUGUUCCUACUUAAAUGAUAACAUAAGAAAUAUAAUAGAUUAUGCCAAAAAUUUAAGUUUAUGGAAUAUAUGGAAAUCAUGAUCUUUAUCCUAGUGAUUAAUAUGAUAUGAUUGGAGAAUCAACAUAAUAACUUAGAGAUGAAAUAUCAGAAAUAUGGAAAUAAUAUUUAAGUUAAGAAGCAUAUUAUUAAUUAAGAAGAAAUGGAUUUUAUUCUUAGGUAGAUGAGAAUAGAAAUUUAAAAAUUAUUGCUUUAAACUCAUAAGCUUAUGAUUUUAAUAAUUUCUAUUUAAUGGAAGGAGUAACAGAUCCAAGAGGAAUGUUAAGUUGGUUGAUAAAUGAAUUAAAGGAUUCAGAAUAAAAAAAUUAAUAUGCUAUAAUUAUUGCACAUAUUCCACCAGGUGAUAUUUCAUGUAAUUCAUAAUGGGCUGAUAGAUUUAGUGUUAUAAUGGAAAGAUUUGAACAUGUAAUUUCUGGUCUAUUUUAUGGUAAUUAUACAUUAAUUUUAGGACAUACACAUUCUGAUUAAAUUUCUCAUAUAAGAUCAAGGAUUGAUGGAAGAUAUAUUAAGACUAUUUAUAUUGCACCUUCAGUAACUACUAAUUCAAAAUAAAAUCCUUCUUUUAGAGUAUUCUAUUUUAAUGGAAAAAACAAUUAAAUAAUAGAUUAUACUUAAUAUAGAUUAGAUAUUACAAAAGCUAAUAAAGAUGGAUAAUAUGCUAUUUUAAAUUGGGAUAUAGCUUACAACUUUUUAGAAUAUUAUGGUUUAUAAAGUUCAAGAAUAGAAGAUGUAUCAACUUUAGGUUAUAAAAUGACACAUGAUUAAGAAUUAUUAAGAAAAUAUAUUUAUAAUUAUGCUACUGGAAGUGAUGUUCGUUAUAAUAAACAUUUAAAGUAAUAUAAUUAUUAUCUUAGAGAUUUAAAAAAGUUAUUUUUAAAAAAAGGUACAAGAAAUUAUUUCAUUUGUGGAGUAGAUACUGCUACUUUUGAUGAUUGGUUUAAAUGUAUUGGUUUUUUGGAAACUUUAUAAGAUUCUGAUUAUGCAAAAUAUAAAAUCUAUGAAUUAUUUUAUGGAAAAUGGUUAAAAGAUUGA